AGAUACAUGUUAUUUUCACAAAAAGUACAUCCUCUGAAGAAUACCUUGGCCACGCCCCAAAGUCUGACUCUUGGUUCUGUGUCUGGAGCACAAGAAAUGGGGAACUGCGGCCAGGGACUGAUGCCCUUGGCCAUGACGCCCCCCAACUGCUGUCUGCUCAGGCACAGCCUGAGUGACUGAGCCACUGCUGUUUCAGCUAUUUCAUAGUUUGAUGGGGCGUCGGGCGGAUGACAGCGGGAACAGUUGUUAUCACUGGUGGAAUCCUAGCUACAGUGAUCCUCCUCUGCAUCAUCGCUGUCCUGUGCUACUGUAGGCUCCAGUACUACUGCUGCAAGAAGAGCACUGAGGAUACAGAUGAGGAAGAGGAGGAAGAGGAGGAGCACGACCUUCCAUCCCAUCCCAGAGGCCCCACCUGCAAUGCCUGCACUUCCCAAGCCCUGGACAGCAGAGCCAGCCUGGUGCCUCUUACCAGCGAGCCCUGUAGCCAGCCAUGUGGGGUGGCAGGGAGCCACUGCACCUCCUGUUCUCCAUACAGCUCCCCCUUUUACAUACGGACGGCUGACAUGGUGCCCAAUGGGGGUGGAGGCGAGAGGCUCUCCUUUACUCCCACAUACUACAAAGAGGGCGGACCUCCCUCCCUCAAAUUGGCGGUGCCCCAGAGUUACCCGGUGACUUGGCCAGGCUCUGGGCGUGAGGCCUUCACCAAUCCAAGGGCUAUUAGUACAGAUGUGUAACCAUUUCUCCCCCAACCUGCACACACACCAACACUGCUGCCCCAGCAGGAGCCAUGGGGACAGUGGAUGACCCUCCAACAGCCCCGCAAGGACUAGCUCCAUUUCUUUGGCUUUUCUUGCUCCAUAGCAGAGGGUUCACCAGGAUUUAAGCUAUUAAAUGCAUGGAAAAUCAGGGUUGGGGCUGACUCCAACCCAGAGCCCAGAGGUAGGGCUGAUCUAUUGAUUGAUUUCACAACUUCACCAGUUUCUCUAUUGGGACUUCCCUCCCACAGCCCUAGUGCUGCCACAACCCCUUCCAGGAAGCCCAAACCCCUGGCUUUGCAGGGCUAAUAAGAAACACCAGAGAAAGCUAAGCAAAGGCUCCAGAGACUUCCAGAGUCCUUGGGAGAUGAAGUGGCCAUGCCUAGAAGAAAAAGGGACAAGGGGCUAAGAGAGAACUGAGGGCUACAUAGUCUAGAAUUUGAGAUGAGAGGGGAAAGUAUGUAAAAAGGACUUCCUCGGGACUUGCUUGCUAAAAUCCAUCCAAGAGCUAAUUUAUAAUUUAGUUUUGUACUUUGGUUAUCAUAGUAUUGUCACCGUGGCUGCUCCAACAGGGGUACUGAUUACUGAACACAUCAUAUCUGCAUCUGCCCCCUCUUCAUGGAACAUAUCAAGUUGACUUUAAAAAGGCCAUGGUGUAUAGUUAUUAGUGGGGUCUGUAUCAAAAAGCAUCUGUCUAAACCUGUCUCCCCCAAAACCCUCCCCUCCCACUUUAGGAAGCAGCUGCCCCCUGCUGGAGAAGCUUUGUUACUAGAGUUCCAGAAGCUUAGCUAGAGAGAUCUUGCUGAUUGUCUCAGGCUCUGGUCCACCAUGCUGAGUGCAUUCCCAUUCCCAGGUGUGCGCACAUACCUGUAAACCAAUCACCAGGCUUUGCCAAUUUCAAGAGCUGCAGAGGGAAGGGUCCAGGGGUACCAACUAGAAAGAAAAAUCUGACCCCCAAACAGCAAGAACAAGAGGUGAUUAAGGUGGUAAAUCUCCAUGACAACCAGCCAGCGGGUAAAGGAAGAGCCUGGAGUCUCCAUGGGCAAUGCUGCAGUGGUUGAAGCUGCACAAAUAGCCUCCUGUAGAGACUGGUGCUCUGCUGAAGCAUCCACCUGUGAUACCAUGGAGCAGAACCCACUUCACCGCACUGGGACCAACAGCCCUCACUCCUAAGCACGGGGGAGAGGGAUUCCUGGGGACUGGAUAUGUCUUAUUGGUUAGAUUUCAUGCUUCUGCUUUCCCUUGGCCACUGCACUCCCUUGUCUCCAGUGAUGGACUUUUUAUUGCUGUCUUACUCUACUCCCAGUUCCUGCUUAUAACCUGGCAGUGGCCUUAUGCUAUUUAAGUAUGCUUGAUGAGUUUUCAGAUGCCUUGCAGUGAAUUAUGCCUGUUCUCCCUUCUAAGGCAUAGCUAACCCCCACCCCACUAAAGGUUGCAGAGGAUGGAACAGGAAAGGAGCUGGGCUUUCUGCCAAAAUCUUGACUUUGCAUUUGACAAAGGGUAGAGAGCAGCUGAGGAAGUGAGGCAGAGAGGGGAAUGGUCACCUUUUUCAUCACUGCUUGGAAUUAAUUGUAACUUGGAUUUAAUGCACAGUGAGUUGAGAAGAGAAGACCUGAGUUCUGGCCACAUUUUGGUCAUUCAUUAGCUCUAGGACCAGUCCCUCAUCUUCUCUGAGGCUCCACUUUCUCCAGGGAACUGAGACUUGCCCAGUCAGACUCUAAGGGUCUUCAGUGCUUCAUAAAGUGAGGAGCUCCUAAAAAGAUCUGCCAGUGGGCCGCUCCCUCUUGCCCUCAUCCUGGCAGGUUCCAGUACUCCCAGGUGUCUGAUUCUGUGUACAUGCAUGUUUGCUGAGGGAUGAAAGACUGCAAAAAGGGGGAAAACCCCACAAGAUUAUAAAGCAAAAUCAUUUUAAUUGCUAGUGAAAAGCAGCAUGUUUGACCCCCUAUUCUGUGACCUCAAAUGUAGACUGAUCUUGUACCAGGAAGCAGCUUUAAGUGGGUUAAUGAGAUCUGUCUCCCAGUACAGAGGAGCAACUUGGGACAGCAGCUUUAACCUACCCAUCCCACUGCCAGCCCUUCCUGGCCCAUGUGCAACCCUUUGAUGAGCUGCUGGGCCUGGCAGCCCUCCCCACUUCCUGACAACCAGCCCAGUGCCUUGUCCCCCUGCAAUUCCACACUCAACCCACCAGCCAACCCACAGCCUUCCUCACCAAGAAUAACACCUCCAUCAUCAUAUCUUCUGCCAUUGGGAAAAUCAGGACAACCCAGUUAACUAUCACCUGCUUCUUACUGGGGUCCCAGAGUACAAAGCAUCCCAUGCCAUUGUUUCCCUAGCCUAACUGCUGUUAACAGUCAAAAUCUGGGUCUAGUGUGUUAGACAGAAGGCAGGCCACAGCCCCUCCCCACAUAGCCCUCACUGUUCAGGGCACAAGCUCCAACCCAGGCUCGAGAUGGCCUCACUGUAGCUGCAAAGGCCUGCUCUGUGGAAGAGGGAGUUCACCCCACCCAACUGCACUAUCCUUUUAGCUAUGGAGACUGUACUAUGGGACACUAUUUGUACACUCUUCAAACUGAACCCUAAACAGGAAGAGGAGGAGGAGGAGCUGGAGAAUGCCCAGUCCUCUCUGCUAUCUUUUUCCACCUCCACGUCACUACUGCUGCUGCAGAUUUCUUGUCUUGCAUCUUUGAUAACUUGGAGUCACAAGCAAGUGAAUGUCAAAAUAAAUGAGAAAUUUGAAAUAGAAA